CCAACUGGAUCCGGGGCAGCCGCCCCUGCCGGCGGCGGCACCGCUGGGGCCCUGCAGGGGCCGCGCCCCGGCCCUGCGGCUCCGCUCGUGUGGCGGCGGGGGCGGCAGGCGGAGCAGCCCCCCCCGGUGCCGCGGCUGGCGGCUGCUCCGGCUCGGCCGCGCGGCUCCAUCCGGGCACUGGGGGCGGCGGCGGGGGGCGGUGGGCGCGGCCCCAUCCGGGUCCCGGCGAUGCUGUCAGGGCGCCGGCGGGUGGGGCCGGGCUCGGGGAGUCGCGGAGCCUCCGGUGGCCGGAGCAGGACCCGCCCUGCCCGCCCACCGCGCCCGGAGCCGGCUCCGCCGCAGCCCGCCGUUCCGGGGGGCGGACACCACUGCCCGGCGGUUCGGGAGCCGCCGCAGCUCCCCGGGGCUGCGCCGCUGCUCGGCAUCCCAGGCCGCGCAGGCCCUGCCCGGCCGCCCCUCCCAGGCCGCGGCCUCGCAGACCUCUUGGAAGUGUAAACAAUGGAGGACAAGGAAGACCAAGUGCAACCCCUGGAUGAAAAGCAGGUGCCCAGCUCUGAAACUGGUUAUGUGUGGCAUGUCACCGAUAUGAAUCGACUGCAGCGCUUCUUGUGUUUUGGUUCGGAAGGUGGUACUUAUUACAUCAAGGAGCAGAAGCUGGGCUUUGAAAGUGCAGAAGCUCUAAAAAGACUGAUUGAAGAGGGUAGAGGUUGUGAAGUUGUUCAAGAAAUAAAGACAUUUAGUCAAGAAGGCAGAGCAGCAAAACAGGAGCCCCUGCUUUUUGCUCUUGCGAUUUGCUCACAGUGUUCUGAUGCCAAAACGAAACAAGCAGCAUUUAAAGCUGUUCCUGAGGUGUGUUGCAUACCAACCCAUCUCUUUACUUUCAUCCAAUUUAAGAAAGAUCUGAAGGAGGGCAUGAAAUGUGGCAUGUGGGGCCGUGCCCUGAGGAAAGCUGUUGCAGAUUGGUACAAUGGAAAGAGUGGCAUGGCUGUUGCUUUAGCAGUUACAAAAUAUAAACAAAGAAGCGGUUGGUCUCAUAAAGAUCUUCUGAGGUUGUCCCACCUAAAACCUGCCAGUGAAGGAAUUGCUGUAGUCACUAAAUAUAUUACCAAAGGGUGGAAAGAUGUCCAAGAGGCAUAUAAAGACAAAGCAGUUUCUGCUGAGACUGAGAAGCUCUUGAAGUAUCUGGAGGCUGUGGAGAGAGUAAAACGCACAAAAGAUGAGUUGGAAGUUACUCAUUUAAUAGAGGAAUAUGGUCUAGUUAGAGAGCAACUCCUGACAAACCAUCUGAAAUCUAAAGAGGUUUGGAAGGCAUUGCUGAAGGAGAUGUCCAUUUCUGUGUUGUUGAGAAAUUUAGGAAAGCUGACAGCAAAUUCAGUGCUUGAACCACGAGGUUCAGAGGUGGCAAUAGUCUGUGAAAGACUGAGAAACGAGAAACUGCUAAAAAAGGGUAGAAUACAUCCAUUCCAUAUUUUGGUUGCAUUAGAAACCUACAAAGCUGGACAUGGUAGCAGAGGGAAGCUUUGGUGGCGUCCUGACGAAGACAUUUUAGAAGCUUUAGAUGCCUCGUUUUACAAAACUUUCAAGGCAGUUGAACCAACAGGAAAACGCUUCUUGCUUGCAGUUGAUGUCAGUGCAUCAAUGACACAAAAAGUUUUGGGCAGUGUGCUCAAUGCUAGCACAGUUGCAGCAGCAAUGUGCAUGGUUGUAGCACGUACUGAGAAGGAUUCCCAUAUUGUUGCCUUUUCACAUGAAAUGGUCCCUUGUCCAGUGACAGCUGAUAUGACGUUACCUCAAGUAUUAGUGAAAAUGUAUGAAAUUCCAAUGGGUACCACUGAUUGUUCCCUUCCAAUGAUAUGGGCUCAGAAAACUCAGACAGCUGUUGAUGUCUUCAUUGUACUUACUGAUAAUGAGACCUUUGCUGGAAAUACACAGCCUGCCAUGGCUCUAAGAGAGUACAGAGAGAAAAUGGGUAUUCCUGCUAAAUUGAUUGUUUGUGGAAUGACCUCAAACGGUUUUACGAUCGCAGAUCCAGAUGACAGAGGCAUGUUGGAUGUAUGUGGCUUUGAUACAGGAGCUUUGGAUGUUAUUCGAAACUUCACUUUGGAUUUGAUUUAAUUUUAUAGGCAUCUGCACUUCCCAGUGGGUCCAUUGCUGGCAACAGACUUCACCCUGGGAACUCUCAGCCAAAUAUAUAAUACUAGAAUAUGGCACAUUAUAUACAUAUCAGAAUGUUACCUUUUGGUGAAGGGGAAACAAGGAAAGCAGAUGAGAAAUCACUUUCCUCUGUUUUCCUGUUGCACACAAUUUAAAAAUAACAGUGGGAAGUUUGCUAAAAUAGCUACAGGGUUAGAUAGUAUGUAAUUUAAUUUCACUUAUGAUAGAUUAUAAGUACUGAGAGAUUUUUAAUUUUUCCCCUUACUGUUGCUGUGGAAUGCUUGUUUGCAAGAAUAAAUCCAUGAGUUCCUCUUAGGAUAGGGCACAAAAAAAAAGGGGUUAGUAUUUUUAAUAAUAUCAGUUUAACAGCAACUCAGUUCAGAGGUAUUUUUCUUUGGGCUUUUUGUAAUGUUUGUAUUUUAAACAAAAUUACUAAGAUUCAACAAUUUCCAUUGUUACACUUCAAAUCUACAAAAGUAGUAUUUUCUGACACGUGAGACCAUGUGACUGUGAUGCAGUAUAAAAGUUACCCAGUGAAAUUUUAUACUGGUAAAACUGAAAGUGGAAGAGAUCAUGCUAAUAUUUUUCUACCUAGAUUAUCAUCUGAUUUUUCAGGAGUAAAGUAAUUCUCUUUAGAUAAGUUGAGGGGCAGUUUCUGUACAACUCAGUUUCAGAAGCACUCUUUUAGAAUUAAUGAGCUUUACAGGAAGUUCUAAAAUCUGCUUUGAGUAGACAGAUCUUGGAAGGGGGUAGGAAGCCACAUUCAGUCCGUGUUACAACUUCAGGAAUUAUGAGCACACUUUCAGUGAGGAAGAUCAACAAGUGCAUGUGUCUUGGCCUGCUCUUGAGAGCUGAGUAGUAACAACCAGAAAGAAAUAGCUACAUUAUUUUUUUCAAAAUACUGUAUUCAAUGAUACAGAAACAAUCUUCCUAACAGGAGAGUAUCUCAUUUUUAAAAAUCUUUUUGUAGAUAAUGCUACUUCUGAUUUCUUAAUUCAAGCUAACAUUUUCCAAAACUACCUCCAGUUUUUAGUGACCAAUUCUUAGAAACUUUUAUGAUAUGUACAUUUGUCUUCUUCAUGUUCUCAAAAUCUUGUUUCAGAAGUGAUUGAAACUGGAUUUUUUUAUUUUAUUUUUUAGUCUAGUAGUAAGAGUGUGAGUAGAUAAGGAGAAAGUGAGUAUCUUAUAACUUCAGAAAAGGAAUUGAUAGCAAUUCAUAUAUAUAUGUAUUUAAUUCUGUGUGUGUGUUUGUGUGUAUAAGGGGGGAAGUUAAAAGAUCUCUUUAGUAGAUCAUAAACUUAGGAGGUGAGAAAGGGGUUUUUUUUAGUGAUUAUUUUAGAACUUCCCCUGAGACAUGUCAGUCUCUUUGCUAAUUCUGGCUGUUUUCAACAGUUAAUUUGAUGUUAAUUUGAACAUAAAUAUAAUUUAUAAGAAUAACCCAAUUGUGGUAAAUGACAUAUAAGACAAUAUUUUUUGCCUAGACCCCACACUUACAUGUAUAAUCCAAGUUCAUAUUAUACUUUUGAUACUUGUAACACUUUUCAUUAUGCUUCACACGUAAGUCCAAAGCUUGCAUUCCCUAGGAUGGGUAUCUCUUUUGGUGCUAAAAUGUGAGGUUCCAUGUUACUGAAGGUAUUCUGGUACAUAGUUACACUCUAUCUUCAUUAAUAAAUCAAAACAAUGAGGGAAAUCUUUUCUGACUUUAAAACCAUGGCUUAAAGAACUGAUGGUAGGAUUGUUACCUUUCAGUGGAUGUGAACAGAGUUCUGAAUUGUCAUUGCUCUUAAGAUACAGAUCUGAUGGAAUGCUUGCAGAAUACAGGACUGCCACCAGCUUGUCAGGUGGUAUCUAGGAAAAACAAGUAUUCCUACAAAAGCUGAGACAUAGCACUUUGAGUUUGAAAAAGAAAAUUAGCCAUUUCUUAGGAAAAAUUUCUUACCCCUUCUAGUCUCUUUCCUAAAUGAACACCAUGAAUAUGGGGAGUAAAUUAAUUUGCUCAACACAUGCUAAUAAUUAUUUUAAGUAAAUGCACUGAUGUUUUGGGGGUUGGUUUUGGUUGUAAUGUGUUUUGAAUUACACUGUAGUCAGACAUCUGAUUAGGUGUUUAUUUUUAAGCUAGGAAUGUUGAAAAUAACUGAUAGAUAAGUAUCUUUUGCAAGUACUUUUUCUUAUUUGAAGUGGUAUUUGUGAAGUAAUAGGAAAUAUUUUGGACUAAAUAUAAAAUGAAAACUUAAACAGGAAUUUCAAGUAACUUUAUGCAGUUAAUUGCAUAAAUUUACUGCAAGUAAAAUACUAGUCUAGUUACUAACAGAUGGAAUGAACAGUUGUAGUAGUUUUGCAUCUUUGAAAGCAGUCCAGUUGAAAAUACUAUUCCCUGAACUAGAGUGUAAGUGAAGGUGAAAUUUUCAGUAGAAUUUAGAGAAAAAUGUAGCUCCCAAUAUCUAUUGACACUGGACAGCUAUGCACCAUCUUCAAGAUAGUCACCCAUGCUGAGGGACAUAAUCUGCUCCUAAAUAUUUGCCAUAUCUCUGUACUAAAAAGAUCUUGUUAGAAGCAGAAUAUUCAGAGUGGUUUGGUUAUACGAUGUAGAACUGGCACCAAUGAGAUCAUGUUGUCAUCUGCUCCCCCUUUAAGAUUUUCACAGAGGGGGGGAAACUGAAGUAAAUGCUGACAGCUGAAACUUGAUAGUGGUGUGACCUUUGUUUCUCCUGUUUUCUGUUUGGUUUUGUUACUAUUUUCAGUAAGGGGCAUAGAAGAAUGAUGCUGUAAAUCCCUUUUCCAUAGACUGAAUCUUGUACUUUUGCCUGAAUACUGAAUUUUAAGGGAUAGCAUGACUCAUUUGCAAUAACAUAAAUUUGUUCUGAUUUUAGUUAUUAAACUGAUAAUUUCCAAAAUGAUACCUGGGCAUGUAGAGAGGCAAUAAUUGCUGUUGUGUUUAAAAGAAAAAACAAAAACAACUAAGCUAAGACAAAGUUCCUAAGCUUAAGCAUUAGUUCAAUGUACAAUAAAUAACCCACCCUUUCAUCAGAGGAGACACUGACUCUUUGAAGUUAAUGGCAUCGAUUGCAUUGGAGGAACACUUUGACUAACCAAACAAAAAUGGGGCUACAAUUGUGCAGUGCAGUGUACCAGUAAAAAUUGAACAGGGACAAGUUUAAAAAGAGUUAUUUUACUCAAAACAUUUAUUACAAAAAAAAAAUCUAAAUGCAGAGUGCAGCCCUAGACUGGGUGAAUGCAGGUUUCCUGAUAUCUAAGAGAAUUAAUGGGCUUUUAGUUUAACUGCCACUUCACUGUGACCCCCUCAACAAUUCUUAAGUAUUAGACUGUUAUGUCUAAGACUGUAAUGUUCAGGCACUUUAGCAUUAAGGAAGAAGCUAAGGGUAUAAUGGCUGGAAGCACAACAGAGGUACAGCAUUCUUCUGUAAUGAGGGGUUGUAAGGAGUGAACACCAAAGGUUAGAUUUCUUCACAUAAUGGAUACAAUCAAGUAUGUGGGGAGGGCAGAGGGCAAAUAAGAGUUCUUAAAAAUCUUGCUUAAGAACCACUGUUGAGCCUGCUUGUUAAAUGUAAAUAAUGAGGGAGGUUUUGUUCUUUUUCAUUAGUGUUUAAUUGGGACCUAUACAUGGGUGUGGCUUUAAAAGGCCAUUCAACGAAGGAUAUAUUCUUGGCUUAAAAAACACAUCAGCAGUUUAGAAAUGUAAUUUAAUAAUGGCUCUGUCUAUAAAAACACUAGGAAAAUAUUUUUCUCCAGUGCAAAAUGCUUUGCUGCUUCAUCACAUACCUAACUCAUAGCCACUGUACCAGAUGGAUUAGUAUGGGUUCCAUUUGUUUUGUUUCUUGUAUUACCUUUUUGCUCUGACCUUCCUUUUUUCUGUUAAUGUUGGGUUUUUUCUUCUUUCCCAUCUCCUUGAUACCUCAGGCCUAUACUUGAAUCUCUUUUCACAUACAAGCUCUCUUCCAUUCCUUUUGUUUUGCCUCUGUUCUUCUGCCUUCUUGCUGUCAUUAAGCAUGCUAGUUUAGCUAAAUAACUUACACCAGAACUGAUGUCAUAGUAUUUAUCCUAAGUAAGAAAAUUUUCUUUUCCCGUUUUUUCAUUGCAUAAUUCUCUUAUAAAACAUUUAUUUUGUAGUAUCUAUCAGGUUUUUUGGUAAAACUGUGUAAAAUCAGUGACUAAAGUAUACUUUGUUUAUUUACAAAAAACAACAUCUGCCUGUGGAUGGCUUUACUUUUAUAAAAUAACUGCUUAAAAUUGGCUUUUCAAAGGUAAAGCUGCUUCUUAGCAUUAGAUCUGUGGGUUGAAGCUUUCCAUUCUGUUUAAUACUAUGAAACUGCUGUUACAUGCAGAAUUUGGGAAGCUUUUAAAUUAAUAUCCUGGAUGAAUGGGCAGCUUCUUUGCAGUAUUCACUAGAGAAAAACCUUCAAAGAAUAGAGUGUAGAAGUAAACCUAAGCAAAUAAUCAUUUGUCUUGCUUGUGCUUUUAACCUUUUUGUAAGCAUUUCAUCAGUUUAUACGGUUAUUUGGCUAUUUGCAGUGGUUCACAGUGGACAAAUAUGCUGUAAACAUGACUUUAUUGCUGGAAUGGUAGAGAUUUCAUCUUACCAUGACACAGAAUAGUGCACAACAUUGCUAAGUAAGAAUUAUGGGGGAAGGGUAAAACAGUAGGACAGCUAUUAUGUGUGUGCUCCUCUGAGAGCUAGGAUUUAAGAAUAGCUACUUUCAGCAGAAGGUAUGGUGUCUUUAAAUGUGUGUGCUUACAUUUGGAUUAUAAUUUUGAUACUGUAAAGUGUGGUUUCUUUUAAGUAUUUCUGCAUUCUGAAUUUGAGUUUAAAUAUAUAUUUGCAUAUAUAUGUGGUAUGUUGAGUACUUUUAGAAGUGCUUCAUUAACAAAUAAUGAAUAUAAACAGUUGUUUUCCUAAUGCUACCAGCUUCUUAAGAGUUAAGCACAACUAGUUACAUAUAAAAUGUCUUUUCUAUUGCAUUCUCCUACAAAAGUGCAGUUCUACUCUUUAAAAAUAAUUCUGUAUAAAGAAGCCACAGAUGGAUGCAUUCACAGCCCUCUCUACUUAGUGAAAUUACUUGGUGUUUGUUUCCAGCUUCUCAUGCUUCUCAGGAGUGUGGCAUUCAAGCUGGAUGAGCAGGUAUAUCUGAAGUACAAGUACAGAUUCUUGUAGUGGGUAAUAUUUAGAAUUCAGAUCCCAGGGCAAACAUUAUUUUAAAAUAAGCAGUUGUGUCCUGGAGACAAUGCUAAGCAAAAAAUACAGAAUUUUUAAAUUACUAUUUUUUAAUCUUGCCCCCUCCCCCCUUUUUUUCUAGAGUAGAACUACACUUGAACAGCCAUGCUGUGUUUAAGUGACUUAAACAUAACAUGGCUUUGUGCCAUCCAAUAACGAAGGCACUGUCUUGCUGCUACUUUCUAUGAAAUGAUACAAAAUUAAUGAGAAACUAUUUGGAUGGGGAGCCUUAAUGUGGUUAAAAAGAAACAAUUAACCCUUUGAGUGCCUUAAGACAUACCUUCUUUAAUAAAUGGGCACUCACUUGGAUAUCUGCAGGCAUACAGUGUUUUCUCAACUGCUGUUAAUAGAAUAUUGCCUUAAGUGACAAUGCCCUGGGACUUCUGAAACUUAGAACUCAAAGGGUUAUUUCAGACUACUGUUUGGGGACUUUUUUUAAAACAGGGAACAAAAUGAAAAGUUCUUUCAACAAUUCCUUUGCAUACUGUUACUCUUAUUUUUACAUGAUGGAUUUACCAGCUUUCAGGUGCAAGAUUAUUGUUAAAUCUCAGAAAACACAACUGGCCUAAGAAUUCCACACAGAGAAAAAGAAUACUUGGUUACCACUGUAUGUGCAAAAUGAAUUGCUUUAUUAAGUAUAAAUUUAGGAAGAAAUGCACAUUUAUGUGUGUUUAUCUUGAUGGGUGUGUCCUUGUAAAGAAAAUUUUAAUACAGCAGUGAUGAAACUAGCAAAAUACAGUUAACCACAGUCAAAAAUAUGAGGUCAGUGUGUUUUUAAUUGGCUCAUUACACAUCUUAAAGAUGCACAGUGCAAGCAACUGUAUACUCAAGAUUUCUACAAAUCAUGUGGUUUAAACUUCUUUGGCUUCAGACCUGCAGCACAGAAGUGAAGCUGUCAGAUUCAGAAGAUACUUUUCCAGUUAUCUGGAGCUGAAGAGUAAUGUGAUGCUUUUCUCCCUUGAGGGGAAAAAAGUAUUUUAGGUGCUUGUGGUGCUGAAAGCAAUGGAAAUAACAGGAGGCUUAUUCACAGGAGGGGAGAAAAAUUAAUUGACUGAUGUUUUUAUUGUAAACUGUGCACCUUUAGUAGUGUAAUGGUCCCUUUUACUGAAGAGUGGGAUGUAAUUUUCUAUUUGCAUAUGAACUUUCUUGAAAUAACCAAGAGUCUUGACACUGCCUGGUCUGGCUUUGGAUGUACAUUGUACUGAAACUAUGGAAUUUUAGAUGUUUCUUUUAGACAUUUAACUGCAAGUUAAAAUAACUAGUAAAUGCAUUCUGACUGUAGAAUUUAAGUACUAAAUAAACUCUAUGCAUAUUAGAACUA